UGUUAUACUGAAAUUUACCUUUAUGUUAAUUUUUAUUUCUUCUGUUUAAUAUUGUUUAACAUCUAUAACCAUUAUAAAAUUAAUUUGCAGGAUAAUACCCGGGGGGUUUAUGGAGCACAAGGUGAUGUCAGAGCUCCUGACACCUUUGAAAAACCAUCAACAUCUCUAGCACCACAACAAGGUCGGAUAAAGAAAGUCUAUAUAAAAGAAAGAAAAUACAUGUGCAGGUAUUGUGACAAAAAGUUUCCACAAGGCGACAUACUCAUUCGCCACAUAAGAACACAUACGGGUGAGAAACCUUACGAAUGUUCAUUUUGUUGUUUGCGAUUUACAAGGAAAAGUUUACUGAAACUCCACACUUCAAAUCAUACUGAGAAAAGAUAUCGUUGCAAUAUCUGUGGAAAACGAUUUGUACAGUCUUCUUCCUUGGAGUCACACUUGCUGAUUCAUCAGGGUCUAAAGCCUUACAAGUGUGACAUCUGUAAGAAGGAUUUUAGAACUAAGUUAUGUCUUAAUAAACACAUAAAUAAUAUCCAUGAAGAGGUUCAAGAAAAAAAAGACCAUGAUAACGUUGCAGAUAAUGGUAAAGACCUUGUAGAUUCAAAAGUUUUUUUAGUAUGUAACGACUGUGGCAAGAACUUCACUACAAGAGAUGGUUUAAGAGAGCAUAUAAACAAUAUUCAUAAUCAGAUGCAAAACCAAAAAUACUGUUGUAAUAUGUGUGAUUAUUCAACCAAUAGCAAAAAAAAUUUAAAGAAACAUGAAUAUCUACAUGAGAACAAGUUCUGUUUUCACUGUGAAAUUUGCAACAUGAGUUUCAAAGAAAAGGGAGGCCUUACCAAUCAUCGAAAACAAGUUCAUUCAACUGAAAAACCGUACAAAUGUGUUAAAUGUGAUAGUUCGUUCAAGACGAAAACUAAUUUAGUGCAUCACAUUGAAGUGCAUCACAACAGCACAGAAGAUAAAUUCUCUUGUGAUAUUUGCAACAUGGAGUUUAAAAGGAAGUGCUACUUGACCAGACAUCUAGAGACGCACACUGGGGCUGACAAGAAGUAUGUUUGUGAAGAUUGUGGACUUGGAUGCAGAUCCAAAACAGACAUUGCCAAACAUGUCCUGACUCAUCUUGGAGCUGUUAAGAGACCUCAUGCUUGUGAGAUUUGCGAAGCUAAAUUUACAAAGCGUGAUCAUUUGCUGCGACAUCAAAAUGUUCACUCUGAUAGAAAACCAUAUCCUUGUAAACUUUGUAACAAGGCUUAUAAAGAUCCUUCGAGUUUAAAAAUACACAACGAAACAGUCCACUGUAAAGCUUUAUUUACAUGUGAAGGUUGUGGUUAUAAAUGUAGGCAUAGACAUACGUUAAGUCAGCAUCGCAAACAAUGUCGAUAAUAGCAUAGGAAGAUGUUAUGAUUUUUAAAUGUUACAUUCCUAUACUUCUUAUAGUGGAAGGUAGUAUUUUGAUUGAUUAAUCAUAGAUUAAACACUCCCUUAAAGAUUUUUAAAAGACAAGUUUAAUUUUAGUUCCGUCCGGUUCAGAUAGUAAAUAAGCAUUGACUUUUUUGUAUUUACUUCAUUUUUAUCUUACAGUAUCUAUAUGAUGACAAUGAAUCAAUGCUGUGUUUUAUUAUAAUUUUUUCACCCAUAUUUCAUGACUGUUGCGGAAAGUGGUUGUACUAAGGCGGUAUUAGUGAUUUAAAUUGUAAAAUAUACCAUCUUCAUCAUGUGAUGUUUGUGCUAGAGAAGCUUUUUUUCUGAAGUUAAUUAUCAACUUUGUUAUCAGUUGUUGAACAAUUGCUUAAUGGGUCUGUGUGAAUAAAAAAACUUACGCUAUCCAAGAAGAACACAAAGCACGAUUAUACCGCAUAAGAUGACGUUGGAUGUCUACAAGACCACGGUAGAUAAUCCAGAUUUUGUUUCGAUCACGGAAGAUGAUGACAAUGUUUCUGUGACUCCAGGAGAUAUAAAAAUUUAGCUGCCAUUGCGGGAGGCGAUGAUAACGAUGUCUACAAGACCGAAGUAGCUAUUCAAGAUUUUGUCACGAUCACAGAAGAUGAUGACGAUGUUUCUGUGACAGCGGAAUGUACCUAUAAGGCGUAGCGGAAAUCCCUUUUCUUACAAGAAACACGUACUGUACUUCAAAUAAUUUAAUUAUAAACAGUAUCAGCAAUCUGACACACACUUUCUCCCAUAUGCUUUUCAACAUUUCCCAUGGGUAACUAUGAUAUUUUAUGGGAAAAAUCACAAAAAUUGCUAUCACUUAUGAACAUUUUUUGAAAGUUUUAAUUAAAAUCAGUCGAUCUGUUUUGUGUCAGAUUUUCCCAUUAUUUAAUGGGUUUUAUGGGAAAAUCGCGUAAGUUAAAUUAACUUUUUAUUCGUAAUUUUUACAACAGUACCGUUUUGUUUGGAGUUAAAAGAACUAUGACGUACGAAAUUUUAAUCAAGAUCAAUAAGGCUGUUUUUGUAAAAAUUAUAUUUUUUGUUAUAUUAUAUUUUCUUAUAGAAAAAUCACGAUUAAAAAUCAAUGUUAAAAAAAUUUAAAAAAUGCCUGGAGAUAAUGAUUGUGAAACGUUAGCUGGCACUUGGACCUGGAACAGGCAGUGUAGGCAGUGGGAGGGUGGAGGUAAGGAGAAGACCGGACUGCAAACAUUUCCGCUGACUCACGGGGUUGUUUCAUGUACCUGAACGCCUUCACGAGGGUCGCGAGGACAGUUGACGCAACACACAAGACAACUCAUAUUGUUUUUUAACUAGGCUGGCUAGAAGCAAUUGGUCAAGUAGAUUUCAUCAAAAUCGGACCACAGGUGUGGUCUGUAGCUCUGUACACUUACAAACACACAGAGACAUCAAUUCAAAAACCAAUUUUUGGGUUUAGGGGGAUCCAAACAAAACCCAAAAUCAAAAAUGUUGGCGAAAACAAUACUUAUCCCAUAUACAUAAGAGAACUAAGUAUAAACCACAGCCAUUUUAAACCACAAAGCAUUUAAUGCAUGUGUUGUAUUUCUAAAUAGUUGCAUAUAGGCUAGCCUUUUACUUUUGAAUUCUGAAUUAGACAUUCCAUCUCUUAUCGACCAGCUGAAGCCAGUUUUGUAUUCAAAUAAAAUAUUUAUUUGUGUAACUAGUGUGGGAAGUGACACUCAAGUGCAGCAAAGGCAAUUUGCACUCGCGCUACACAUUUUAUUUGUCCUUCAGUUACUAUAAAGCAUAAUUACAAAGCGACAUACUUAACAUUAAAACGCAUUUAUGUUUUAUGUUUUAUUCGAGUAUAGUUUUAUCCUAUAUUAGUCUUUCAAACACUAUACAACACGUUUUUAGGUUAGGUUAAAUCCAAGCGUGUGUUUACUAACCAUAUUAUCUUUAAGUGUUGCCAACUUAUUUUCAAGCGUACAAAUAUUACGUGCAUAAUAAAAGCACACUGUUUUGUGUUGUUUGGUUGGAAUACUGGAGUACGGCAAAAAAAUUAUAUAGCAAUUUGCUACUUUGCGUGCUAUAAACAUUGCAAGGAAGCCCACUUUGUCAGGUAGGACACAACUGUAGGAAAUAAUAUAUUUCUCAUGUAUGUUUUGUUAUUUUUGCAUCACUUAAUUGUAUUUUUA